AAAUAAACAUUCUUUAUCAAUUCUUCCGAUCAUCCUAGCUAUCUGCUAUAAAUACUGCUUCCAAAUGAUGAAAAGACCAGGGCAAGUGAUUAACAACAAUAUACGUAGUAGUACAUAAUAAAGUUUUAAUUCCAGUACUAUACGUACGUUAAUACAUAUAUGGCUCAUUAUUAUUCCAGAUUGUUGAGUUCAUUAUGGAUAGUGUUAAUAAUUUGCAUGAUGAAUAUUGAUGUGGGGAAUGGACUGAGUUCCGAUUACUAUGAGAGGACUUGUCCUGAGGCAGAGGUUGUGGUGGCAGAGGUGGUUAGGGCGGCAUCACUGGCUGACCAAACCGUUCCUGCGGGAUUACUCAGGAUGCAUUUCCAUGAUUGUUUCAUUAGGGGGUGUGAUGCAUCAGUGCUACUGGACUCAAAGAAGAACAGUGGGGAGAAGAAUGGACCUCCCAAUCUCUCUCUCCACUCAUUCUUUGUGAUUGAUGAUGCCAAGAAGGCUGUGGAAGCAAUGUGUCCUGGUGUUGUCUCCUGUGCUGACAUUUUGGCCUUUGCAGCCAGGGAUGCAGUUGUUGCUGCAGGGGGGCCUUACUGGGAUGUCCCAAAAGGGAGAAAAGAUGGGCGAGUGUCGAAAGCCAGUGAAACACUACAACUGCCAGGCCCUGCCUUCAACAUAUCUCAGCUGUACAUUAGCUUUUCCCAGCGAGGUCUGUCCAUGGAAGACUUGGUGGCCCUUUCAGGUGGACACACCAUAGGUUUCUCGCAUUGCUCAUCCUUCGAGAGCAGGCUGCACAACUUCAACGCCAGCAACGACGUGGACCC